AUGGCUUCUCCCCUAGAACUGCAUGGAGACCUUCAAGGUACCAAGAGAAAGGUGUGCUGCUUGCUGUGCCACAUCUUGUCCCCUUCCAACAGCUUCAGGUCUGUGUGGAUGCUGCUUCUCAUUGGAAUUAGCUGCACAGCAGAAAAUGUGAGCUGCCCAAAGGAAUGUAGUUGCCAGUAUCUGGUUGUGAACUGCACAGGGAAGCAGCUGGAAGAGUUCCCUGCCAUCACCCCACUGGACACCAGACAACUAAUCUUGGCUCAAAACAAGCUGAGAUAUUUGCCAUCGGUGGAAUUAAACUUUCUCAGUGACUUGAUCUACCUAGAUUGUAGUGGCAACUUUUUAGGUGAGGAUCUGGAUUUCACUUUUGUCAGCAUUAUUAAGUUGGUCUACCUGGACCUCAGCUUCAACAACCUUACACAAGUAACAUUUGGGACCUUUUCACAGCUCAGUAGCCUGGUUGUAUUAAAGCUUUCAGACAAUCCCAGUCUGGUUGAGAUUGAGAAGGACUCUUUUGCCAAUAAUACCUGGCUCAGGCACCUUGAUGUGAGCCGCUGUAGCUUGAUGUUCAUUGAUACAAGCACUGUCAGGGACUUGCCCAACCUAAGAAGCUUGGGCUUGAGUGGGAAUCCCUGGUUCUGUAACUGCUCCUUCCUGGAAUUGUGCAGCUGGAUGAAAGAGAGUGGGGUAACUAUCCCAGACUCUGACAACAUCACCUGCUAUAGCCCAGCUUUUCUGCAUGGCUUGAGGAUGCUGGAAGAAGCACAGGAGGAGCUUUAUUAUAAGUGCUACAUCCAUUUUGAUGAUCAAGACUAUCUGUUCUUCGGGCUGGUUGGCUUCUGUAUUUUCUCAGCUGGAACUGUCCUGGCUUGGCUCUUAGGAGUAUGUGCAGUGAUCUAUGAAUUCUUAACUGCCACUGGGGAGAAUGAUGAAGAAUAA